GGAACUCUGUCUCAUCCCAGUCCCUGAUCAGGGGAAGAGGGCAGCACAGCCUUGGGAAGAAUGGAUAAGCACGGAGUGAAGACCCCCUUGUGGAAGAAGGAGCCAGCGGAGCCGCCGGCCAGCGAGGCGGAGGCGGCCGCAGAGGAGGGGUCGGAGGAAGAGGAGGACGAGGAGGACGAGGAGGUGGCGGCGGCGGCGAGGCCGCGGGAGCAGAGCGGGGCGGAGGGCGAGGCGCCCAGCCGGGAGGCGGAGCGCGGCGAGGGCCGCGAGCGGGGCUCCGUGUCCUACUGCCCGCUGCGCCAGGAGUCCAGCACCCAGCAGGUGGCGCUGCUGCGGCGCGCGGACAGCGGCUUCUGGGGCUGGCUCGGCCCGUUCGCGCUGCUCGGCGGCCUGGCGGCCCCUGCGGACAGGAAGCGGAGCCUCCCGGAGCCGCCGUGCGUGCUGGAGACGCGGCGCCGGCCGCCGCGCGCUGGGGGCUGCGCGCGCUGCGAGAUCCUUUACUGCAAGAAGUGCAGGAACCUGCACAGCCACCCGGCCUACGUGGCGCACUGCCUUCUGGAGCACUCAGAUCUGCGGAAGGCGCGGGCUUCGGGGGGCGCGGGGGCCCCCGGGUGCCCCUGAGCGCCCCCGCCGCCAGCCUUUGUGCCCUCCGUCCUCGCCUGACCCCAGCCUCCCCGCCACCACCUCCUCCAGAAGUGCCCCUUCCCAGAGCGCCUCCUCCAAGCCCGCAAGCCGGCCCACGGUCGCCGUGGGCCUUCCCACCCGUCACCCAGCGCCCACGCAAGGCUGAGCCCAACAUCACCUGGUGCUCCAUGCCUCCAUGAGCGCCUCCCGAGGGCUACCGUCCCGGCGGCACCCAAGUGCCUCCCGCCCACCGGACUCGCGCCCCCGGCACAGCCUCACAUUCGUCUCCGGGGUAGCUCAGGUCCUCUGGCCCUGUGCGCGGAGGCAUCGCCUAGACAAACUCACCCCUGGGCUCCCUCGCGGCUGAGAAACCUGCCCCUGCUCCUCCAAUCACUCAAUAAAGCCUCUAAUCAAAA